CGUGAUAGAAUAACAAGCUUCAGAAAAUCAGCAGUGAAAAAGGAGAAACCUCUCAUUCAGCAUCCUAUCGACUCUCAACCUUCUAUAAGUGAAAUCCCACUUGCCCAGGCACUUGUUGAUGAGCGCUGUAUGAAUUUAUCAGAAAAAGAAGUUAUGGAUCUCUUUGAAAAAAUGAUGGAAGACAUGAAUCUCAAUGAAGAACGUAAAGCUCCUUUGAGAGAUAAAGACUUGACCACAAAACGUGAGAUGGUUGUCCAGUACAUUUCUGCAACUGCCAAAUCUAUAGUCGGAAGUAAAGUUCCG